AUGAGAUUAAGGGAUUUUUUCAAGCGUUAUCGCUCGCAAAGAGUGCGACAGUUAUCCGUGAGCGAUUCGGUUUCUUUCGAAGCUUUUUACAAUGAAGGGCCUGCGGAUAAGUUAAAUGACACCAAAGAAUCAUCUCUGAAUGGGGACUUGAGCUUAUCUCCCGCCAAAUUAAACAUUUCGAAUGAUUUUCCGCAAAACAAAAAGAAACGUCUAAUACAUAAGCAGAAAAAGUUACACAGUUCAAGUCUCCCGUUCUGCAUAACAGGGAUAUUAUUACUUGGGGUUUUCUUUUUGUUACCAGUAGCCUAUUUGUUGAGAUAUCUAGGAAUUAUUUUUGCUCACCAACACUACAUUCUACCUAAAGAAGCUGAGCACUACCAACCAAGCCCUGUGGUUCACUCACUUCUCAACAUAACCUUCAUAAGGGAAAAAAUCGUUUUACCGCCCCCUCCACCCCCUGAUUACUCCCAAUGCAAGUUAACCAAAGAAAUCGACCGUUUAGACUGUUACCCGCAAGAUGGCGUUAGUGCCGGGAAGUGCGAGGCUAGGGGGUGUUGUUACAUUCCGGCCAAACAAAAACCAAAGAAUUACAACCCCUUAAACGUACCCUACUGCUUUUACCCUCCAAACUAUAACACGUACAACUAUUUGAACGCCACCGAAACUGCUUUUGGGAUGGUGAUUUUUAUGAAGAGGAACUUUAAGACUGACUAUCCAGACGACGUGGAAAUACUGAAGAUGAUCGUCAAGUACGAGAGUGAUACCAGACUACAUGUAAAGAUUGUUGAUCCUUUGACAUCAAGGUUUGAACCCCCUUACCCUGAAUUGCCUAUAGUGGAUAGGGCCUCAACAAACACUCUGUAUCAUUUUGAGCUUGACUUGCUUAAAUCUGGGUUUAAAAUUAAAAGGAAAUCUGACAAUACUACAAUUUUUGACUCCGUAAAUUUCCUAAACCUGAUCUACUCGAACCAAUUUUUGCAAAUAACUACCAAGUUGCUGUCAAAAAAUAUUUACGGCAUAGGUGAACACAGAACUAAUUUAAUGCUAUCUACGGAGUGGUCACAAUUUACUUUAUUCAACCAUGAUAAAAUACCAUCAAUUGGGCAGAACAUGUAUGGUUCUCACCCAUUCUAUAUGGUGGUGGAAAACAAUACCAAAACACACGGGGUACUUCUACUUAACAGCAAUGCCAUGGAUGUUAUUUUGCAACCAACCCCCGCUAUUACCUUCAGACCUAUCGGGGGUAUAUUCGAUUUUUACUUUUUCAUGGGUCCCACACCUAGAGAAGUCACCCAACAGUACACCCAGCUAAUAGGUUUACCAUAUUUACCGCCGUAUUGGAGUCUAGGUUUCCAUUUAUGCCGAUUCGGUUAUAAAUCUCUAAACGACACUGAAACCGUGAUGGAGAGAAAUAUUAAAGCGGGCAUACCUCUCGACACCCAAUGGAACGAUUUGGACUACAUGAACAACAGCAACGACUUCACUUUCGACAAAACGAAAUUCAAAAAUUUGCCCGAGUUUAUCGACAAGUUACACCAAAGAGGCAUGCAUUACAUACCCCUAAUAGAUCCAGGUGUAAGUGCUAGCGAAAAAGUCGGCACAUACCCCCCAUACGAUAUCGGCAUCAAAAUGGAUAUUUUCGUUAAAAACUCCACAAAUCAACCCUUCAUUGGAAAAGUUUGGAACACUGGCUCCACCGUGUGGCCGGAUUUCACCCACCCGAUAACGGUGGACUAUUGGACGAAGAUGCUGUCGAAUCUGCACAGCGAAAUGAAGUUCGACGGCGCCUGGAUCGACAUGAACGAACCGUCGAACUUCCUGUCGGGUUCUUUCACGGGCUGCCCGACGAACUCCCUCGAAAGCCCCCCCUACGUCCCCAAAAUCGACGGGGGAGUUUUGAACUACAAGACCAUGUGCAUGUCGGCCAAACACUACGCAGGUUUGCACUACAACGUGCACAACUUGUACGGGUUGAGCGAGGCCAUUGUUACCAACUUUGCGUUGGCGGAAAUUCGUGGUAAAAGACCGGUGGUGAUAUCGAGAUCUACUUUUCCCGGUUUAGGGCAUUAUGCUGGACAUUGGAGUGGGGACGUUGUUUCCGCUUGGGUUGAUAUGAAGUAUACUAUACCGCAACUUCUAAGCUACAGUUUGUUUGGUAUUCCUCUCAUGGGCGCUGACAUAUGCGGUUUUAACGGAAACACCACGAAAUCUUUAUGCAAUCGUUGGAUGCAACUCGGGGCUUUUUACCCAUUCUCCAGAAACCAUAAUACAGAUGAUGGGAUUCCUCAAGAUCCAGCCGCCUUGGGUGACCUUGUCGUAACCUCAUCGAAGAAGGCUUUGUCCGCACGGUAUGCCAUGUUGCCAUAUUUGUACACGCUGUUUUGGAAAGCGCACGAUAUCGGGGAAACAGUUGCGAGACCCCUAUUUUUCGAAUUUCUAAACGAUCCCAAAGUACUAUCGAUAGACGAACAAUUUUUGUGGGGGCCCGCCCUCAUGAUUGUCCCGGUACUAAAAGAGAACGACGAGCAUGUAAUGGCCUAUUUCCCGAGGGGUAUUUGGUACAAUUACCACACUAAUUCCUCGAUCAAAAGUGACGGUCAGCAUGUUAAUAUUUCUGCGCCACUGGACACAAUUCCGCUUUUUAUAAGGGGCGGGUAUAUCAUACCCAUGCAGACCCCGAAACAAACGACAACCGAGUCCAGGAAAACGUUGAUAAACUUGUUGGUAGCGUCGGACAGUACAGGAAUGGCUCAGGGGGAACUUUACUGGGAUGAUGGGGACACUCUAAACACCUACAAAGAGAAAAGGUACUCCCUACUGAAGUUUGCAAUGGAAGAUAAAGUGCUAAGAAUCCAAAAUGACCAUUAUCGUGAAGAAUAUCCGCCCAACUUGGGCUCCAUAACAAUUUUAGGUUUGGAAAAACCUGUUUCGCACGUUACUAUAAACGAAAAAGCUCACCACUUCCAGUUUGAUACUGUUCAUCAUUAUCUUAUCGUCGACAAUUUAAAUAUGAGCUUCAACAAAACAAUUACCGUCAACUGGGAAUUCUAA